AUGAUUCUGAUUCAGGACGGCCCUUCUGCUGGGCAAACUGUUGAACACGUCCACAUCCAUGUUAUGCCUAGAGGACCGAAGGACGCCUUUAAUUUGCAAGGAGAAAAUGAUAAGGUCUACGAUGCGAUUCAAGACAAUGAGCGACAGUGUGUUCGAAUGGACAUCCCCUCGGAUGAGGAGCGGAAGCCCCGUACAGAGGAAGAGAUGUUCGAGGAAGCUGCGAUGCUCCUCGAGGUCAUGGAUGACAUUGAGAGAGAGGACGCCUGA